AUGGCUCUCGUCAGUCGCAUCUGGCAAUGCUUCAACCCGCCCACGCCCCCAAAGAGCAGCGAUGCUAUAAGAUUCGGCGUUUUGGGAGCGGCUGGCAUUGCCCCCCUUGCCCUCUUCAACCCUGCCAAGUCACAUCCCGAAGUCAUCAUCCAGGCCAUCAGUGCCCGUGAUCGCAAAAAGGCUGAGGCGUAUGCAAAAUCUCACGGCAUCCCAGACAUCAAAGACACCUAUCAAGAAAUCCUCGACGAUCCCAACAUUGAUGCCAUCUUUAUCCCCUUGCCCAACGGCCUCCACUUCGAGUGGGCUGUCCGCGCCAUUCGAGCCGGCAAGCAUGUCCUUCUCGAGAAGCCCUCCGUGUCUAACUCGACCGAGGCGGAGAUUCUCUUCAAUCUGCCAGAGCUGGACCAACCCAACGGACCUGUGCUUCUCGAGGCCUUUCACAGUCGCUUCCACCCUUCUUGGGCCCUGUUCCACUCCCUUGUCGACCCCACCGAAAUCGAGCACAUUGAGACUCGGUCCAUGAUCCCCUGGUGGGCCAGUAGCAAAGACCAGAUUCACUUCAACUACAACCUGUCUGGAGGCUCCAUCAUGGCCAUGGGUACUUAUAACUUUGCCGCUCUCCGUCUGCUCUUUGGAGAAACCCCCGAGGAAUGCCUUAGUUGCGAUGUCAAGUCGUAUACCGAUGGCAUCCACGACAAGUGUGACUACGAAGUCAAGGCUACCUUACGCUUUCCCAAUGGCGGUACAGGCGUCGCAUCCACCACCCUAAUGGGUGAGACCAUCAUUAAGCCCUCUUGGGUCGUUGUCACCACCAAGAAAGCUAUCAUCCCCAACAGUAGUCUGCCGGCUGGCCAGCAGCAGUACCAGAGGCGCGAGCUGACGCUUCAGGGCCUCGUCCACGGUGUCUUCUGGCACCGCAUCGAUAUCAAGGAAAUUAAUGAGAUCUGCACCAAUGAGGGCGCUGUUGUUAAGAAGUGGGAAAAGACGACCUCUCGUAAGGCUUACACCUGGGAAGAAGCCGGUGGGGAGUUUGCCGAUUUACCGGGCGAGGUCCACUGGAUGUCGUACAGACAUCAGCUGGAGCAGUUUGUUAACAAGGUCAAGGGUCGCAAGACGCAGCAGUGGAUCGAAAGAGAGGACUCUAUUGCCCAGAUGAAGAUGAUUGACAUGGCAUAUGAGAAGAGCGGACUAGGGCCCCGGCCGACGAGUUCGUUCCGGUAA